UAUGUUAUAGAUAUCUAGUACAUCUCGUAGACUCUCAUUAGUUCAUUUUUAAUCAAAAGUGUCUUAAAAUCUGGUUGGGGAAAAUUUGGUAUAUAUUAUUCAAACACAUUAACAGUUAAAACAGGUACAGAUCAAGCGUAUUGUUAACCUCUAUGUUUUAAAUAAGAAAAACACAACAACUGUUUAAAUUGCACAGGAUGGACCCAGGAUUCCAGUGGCAAUGAGGAUCAGCUGAUUACUCUGCAGCUCACACCCUGCGAGGCAGGCCCCACGGAGGGGCAGAUGGAGCAGGCGGGACCAACGGAGGGGCAGGUGGAGCAGGCGGGACCAACAGAGGGGCAGGUGGAGCAGGCGGAACCAACAGAGGGGCAGGUGGAGCAGGCGAGCCUCACAGAGGGGCAGGUGAGCCCCACGGAGGGGCAGGUGGAGCAGGCGAGCCCCACGGAGGAGCAGGGGGAACCCACGGAGGGUCAGGUGGAGCAGCCGGAACCAACGGAGGGGCAUGUGGAGCAGGCGGAACCCACAGAUGGGCUUGUGGAGCAGGCGGAACCCACGGAGGCGCAGGUGGAGCAGGCGGAACCCACGGAGGGGCAGGUGGAGCAGGCGAGCCCCAUGGAGGGGCAAGCUGUCUUCACAGGGUUAGCAAGGGGCACAGUCGCAAGUUGCAAAAAGAAAAAAAGUCAGGCAGGAAAAUGGUUUUAUAAAAAACGUUAA